UUGUCGUUCUCCCACUUCUCCCUUUCACACAUUUCGGUCUCUCAUGAACUAUCUUCGCAAUGACCUCCAAGCAACCCAAAGCCACAACGAAGAUGACUUGUCUGCUACCCAAUCCCUUGGUCAAUGGUGAUAACAUCAUCCUCUGCAUUUGAAGUCUCCUGCUCAACACAUCUCUUCUGUCCUCCUCCGGAAGAAAUAGCAGUAGCGGAGAAGGGAGUAGUCGGACGGACCUCCACGCUCACAAGGCAACCACCAAACCCUCCCCGAGCCAAGCCGCCCAUGUCUUACGUCCCACCGGCCGGCAGGUGGAUGCCGCCGGACUACCCGCUACAGGACAGCUACAGCAUCAGCACCGCCAUCCUCUCGACCGCCCUUGUUUUGCUGGCAUUGGCCGUGGCCGUCAUCGUCUUCCUCCACCUUUACCUUCGCCACGUCCUCCGCCGCCGCCUCGCCGCCAUCGACCGUCUCCGCGACCGUGCCGCCAUCACCGAUGCAGACGAUCCUCCGCCCGCCGUGGGGCUCGACCCCUCCGCGAUCGCCGCCCUGCCGGCCUUUCCGUUCCGAAGGAGGAGCGGCAGCGAGGAGGAAGGCAGCGCCGCGGAUUGCGCUGUGUGCUUGGGCGCGGCGGAGGAAGGCGAGAUGGUCAGGCUGCUGCCCGACUGCAAGCACCUGUUCCACGUGGGAUGCAUCGACAUGUGGCUGGCUUCCCACGUGACGUGCCCGGUCUGCCGCGCGAUGGUCGAGCCGCCACCGGUCACGGCAACGCUGGUGAGGGAGUCGUCGGGAGCUGCGACGAGUGCGCAGGAAGGGACGCCGGGGUCGAAGGAGGCGGGCUCGGUGUCGUCGCGGCUGGGUGCAUCAGUGAGGAGGAUGUUGAGUCGAGAGAGGUCAACGACGCGGCGAGCACAAGGAGAGGCACCGGAAGAUUUGGAGAGACAGUGAGUAUAGCCUCCUGCUCAGCCUGCGGUAGCUAUGGAAUUGCUAUACAUGUAUAGUGGUUGGAUGAUUUGGAGUGGGGAUCGUACAGAAACAUCACAGGAAUCAUUAAAAACAUGGUUAAGUAUCUUUGGACCAUAAAACUAAUUACAUUCCCCGUAAUGUUAAUUUGGCUCAACUAUAUUGCUUACGGAAUGGUAAUGGUGUUAUUGCUUGGUGAGUGGAUUAUUGGUGCAAA